GAAUGAAGGACGAGGACGAUGAGCUUGGUCUGCAGCCAGAGCAUCAUUCAAGUCUGGUGCUGUCCAGCUCACGUCGCCGGCCAGACGCCUUCGAUCACGACAAUGAUGAUGGUGACGGUGAUGUUAACGACAAUGAUAAUGAUGACUACCGUGACGAAGGCGCUGACGGCGAGGCUGGAGACGAUGACGAUCUCGCUCUGCGCAGCAUGGCGGGAAACGGAUGGCGGGAAACGACGGCGAUGGGUGCUGCUGCUGCUGCUGCUGAUGUGGGACAGCUCGUGACCAAGAGCAGCCAUCAUGAGCAAGCUGCCGAUAGCGCGGAAGAGUCGCCUGACGACAAUCCCGACGACGACGACGACGGCGACGAUGAAACUGAGACGAUGCAUCAGAAUGGCGCCUCUCGCAAUGGUCCAAGCACAAGUAACACCAAUACUCAUACGAGUAGUAGUGCGACUUUACUGACGAUUGAAACCAAGUCGAGUCCAUCAUCCGCAGAGCGAAACCGAAACCGCGUCGUGCCAAGUCUUGACAAGGCGGUGUUGCACGGCGUGCACAGCAGCAAAGCGGAGGCUAAACCGUGGCUGGGCGACCUUCGCUCGUUCGUCAGGAAGCGCAUCGACUCGCUCAAACAGCGCUCAUCGUCGUCCUCGACGAGCGAUGCAGUGUUUACGAGCUGGUUUCGGCACAUUAAGAAUUUGGCAUCGCAGCAUUCCGUGGCAAACAACUCGUCUGUCAAACGCCUCGAUGCUGUGAUUGCGGCGCUGGCCACCGAGCAGCCCACUCUGCACUGCAGUCCGGAUGUGCUUGCUGCAGAUGAGAACGACUUGAGCUUGCUGGAUCUGUCCCAGCUUCUGCCCACCGAUGCCCCGGACUUGUACAAGGAAACCCUUGACAUUCUGGUGCGCGCAUUUCCAUUGCUACAUCCGCGCGAUCUUGCUCCGUGUCUUAACAGCUGCUUUGGCAAAGAGCCCUUUGCCCAGCGCAUCAAGUACGACCCCUGGGUUGGAGGCGCUCCAAUGUACAUUCCGCUUGGGAAAGUCGGCGAAGGAUCGUACGGCACAGUGUACAAGGUUGUUGCUUGCCAUGGCUUCCCAACGUUUCACGAAAAGUUCUACGCGCUCAAAAAGAUCAAGUCCCGGACACAGUCCAACGGCAUGCCUCGGGCUGUGAUUCGAGAAGUGUCUAUCCUUCGCGAGCUGUCGCAUGACAAUAUUAUAUCCCUAGUUGAUGUUAUUUACUUUCCGCAUCAGUACGAAAUUGGACUGGUCUUUCCUUUCAUGGAAUACGAUUUGCAUGAAAUCAUUCGAUUUCAUCGAUACUCGAGCAACUUUGCAGAGCGAUUCACCGAGCAGGUUCUUCGACGCGCAAGUGGCUUGCGAGGCUACUCUUCUCAAGGCAUCCGCGCGAUUGCUGCAAAAGAUCGCCUGCACCCCCUGACCAUCAAAGCCAUCAUGUGGCAACUGCUUCAAGGGCUCGACUACCUGCACGAUAACUGGAUUGUGCACGCCGAUUUGAAGCCAAAUAACAUUCUCAUCAGCAGCCAAGGGCAGGUGCGAAUCGGUGAUUUUGGGCUUUCCAGGCUCUUUCUCGGACCGCGUGAAGCGCAAGAACCGGUGCUCGUGACGAUGUGGUACCGGGCUCCGGAGCUUCUGCUUGGCGAUUCCAAAUGCUCUCGAGCGAUAGAUAUGUGGUCGGUGGGCUGCAUUUUGGCGGAAAUGUUUUUGCUUCAGCCGAUCUUUAGGGGCAAGCCAUUGCCCGAACCAAAAACUCGCGACCAGUUCGAGCAAGAUCAAGCCAUGAAGAUCUUCCACGCGCUGGGUCUUCCUACUGUUGAGGCUUGGCCGGAAGUGACGACAAUGCGAUUCUGGCCUUUGAUUGAAAAGUGGGAGAGUGUCCAUCCCAAAGUCUACAAGUUCAGCUUAGACUCCAUGCUCAAGCAUGUUUUGCCAGACGCGAGCAUCGAGUUGCAGCUUCUUCGCGGGCUGUUCACAUUCGAUCCAUCUAAACGGUUACGAACACGGCAGGCUCUAACGCACGCGUAUUUCACCUCCUCCCCGCCAGUUUCGUUGCUAAACGCUUUUGCGCCUCCACCCAACACAUCGCAAGUCAUUUACCCGCCGCGCAUGUACCAAUGGAUGUACGAUCUCCUGAAACCGUCCAGUGUCCACCAACAACAACAUGGCCAACCGAAAAAGCAAAUCACUGCCGCGCAGAGCGUCUUUCUUCGGCUCUGCCAUCACAACGACAUGUGCUUUUACCUGCGUCAUCUCCAAAUCUUCCAUGGCCUAUCACUUCCUGCUGGAAUGGUGUCCUCUGUGGACGACCAGAUUCUCAUGCAGCUCGUCAUUGCUAAUGUGGGAUGCCGAUUUAUUGCUCCGCCAUUAGCAGAGUGCUUUGACGACCCAGAACACGGUGCCUGGAUUUCUGCACCAGCAAGUAUCUUGCCAUCUGGAUAUCGGUCCUUGGAGCACGAGCUGUUGCAGGUACUCUGCGACGAUCAAGUGCCAGCUGCCGAACUUGGCACCACGUUCAGAAGGUGCUUGUUGCAGCAUUCACACGAGGUGCUAUCCGUGGUCGAUUUGCUUCAGGAGCUUGCCGCUCACGUAAAGGCUUCGUCAGCUGCGAUCGAUGAUGCAAAAGAGCGCCAGCGGAGCUUGGCCACGCGCACGGCAGUGUCGACGGCUACGGUCACGCCAAGUGAUGGAGCAGCCCCCCGGUCUUCACGCACCGCGCCAACCAGUAGCUCUCGUCAUUGGAGUAGCACGGCUGCUGCUGACGGGACUCCAUCCGCUUCUUCUUCGUCUGCGUCUGCUGCUGCCAGCGGCAUGCUCGAACACUUGAGCGACCAUGUUCGAAAACCCGUUACCCCCUCGUCUGCUGCUGCUGCUGCUGGCCACCGCGACGCUCGGUUGUACGAAGAUCUGCUGGUUCGCUUACAACUGGCGGCUACACUGUACAUGCGUCAUCUCACAACCACCAAUCCUCGCUUCUUGUCCGUAUUUUGGCUCUUGGAAGUAAUCUUGUACUGCGACAACUUGGCCGACACCGCGCUCCAUCAGCUGCUGGGAAUUCCAACAACCAUGUAUCGCAAAAUGGUCGACAAUACCGACCCGGCGUUGCCAGCCGUGAAUGCAGCGACGCCGGCAAAGACAGACUCAAAGGCGUCACGAGCCCAAGCGGCUUUGACUCCCGUCACCGCCACCGGUCCGACAGUUGCGCUCGCCUCGGAUGGCUUGCUGGAUGCCUCGCGACCCGGCAGAGCAAACUUUCCACAAGGCAAAAAGAGUGGUUGUGGCAUUACAGCUAUGGGCGGCCGGAAGUCGCUGACCAGGACGAACGUGUCAAUGAGAAGCACGACCGACCUUCCUCACGAACCAGUGCGACCGGAUCCAUCUGCUGUUGAGGUCGGCUCCAGAAAUCGAGGCGCCAGAAUUGUCGUCGCUUCUGUGCCACAAAAGCUGUGACACGCACAUACUUGGGCCCCACGACAACGGGUACCGAAUGAACAGUACUGCUAAUUGCACAAAUGUUAAACUAGAAUGGCGUAUUUGUUAGGAGUGUAACAAUGUAUAAUGCAGUCUACUAGUCAAGCGGGA